AUGUUAUUACUAAAAACUCCCCAGUUCUCCUUUCCACUUUUAAUUCCACAAAAAAAAUUAACUUGGUUUGAGGCUUAUAAAAUGCAGCUCCAAGUUAUCCCUAGCAAUUCCAGUUCAAAGAAAGUUUACUACUACUGUUGCAAAUUUCCUGGUUGUCAUUAUAAAACCAUCCGCUCGGGUCACUUAAAACGUCACGAGCGAACUCAUACGAAGGAAAAACCUUACAAGUGUGAGUUUUGUUCUUACACUGCUGCCCGUUCUGAUCAUUUGCGGCGGCAUGUAAAAAUCCAUUACAAGAAUAUUAGCGCUUCUCGUCCAGUUAUUCAUGAAGAAUCCAUGUUGAGUGAAUCUUCUACCAUGAGUUCUCCAGCUGUUAGCCCGUCCCCUGUUCUUUCCGCUUCUUCUUCUCCCAAUUUAUCACCUUCUGAUUCUCCCUCAACUUUUGCGCCUUAUGGAGAUUUUCUACCUCAACCUUAUGAGGAAGGAGUUAUGGUCUUUUUGAAUUUCUUACGACAAUGCUAUCAGAGUCAACGUUUUUAAGAAACUUUAUUGCGCGUUUCUUAAAGCAUUAUUAUGGAUUAAUAGUGCGUUCCACCUAAGUGUUUAUGCAUGUAUUUCUCGUUCUAAACUAGAUUG